AUGAACCUGUACUCCGCGAUAGCCUUCAUCUCGCGCUUCCUCUUUCUGCUCUGCCUGAACACCGUCAUUUUUCACGAUCAGUCUCGGUCGAACGGCAAACAGACACGAUACCGGAACAUCUAUGGACCCAUGAAUUUCAACACGACCCCGGCUGACAAUGUGCUUGGCGUUGGAAUAGGUGCGCUGAAUUUCGCGUUCAGAGACCAAUUAUACCAAGAGAACGGGCAGCCUGACGUGACACCGCAGCCUGGUUCCAGGUACGAUUUCAUCGUGGUCGGUGCUGGAACUGCUGGAGCCGCUAUCGCAGCUAGACUGAGCGAGAUCAAGGACUUCAGCGUGUUGCUGAUAGAAGCUGGCGCGGAAGAAACGCUCUACAUGGAUAUACCACUGCUGACCAGCUUCCUGCAAGCUGUCGACGAUAUCAAUUGGAAGUACGAGACUGAACCGUCGGACAACUAUUGCACGGGGAUGCAAGGAAAGAGGUGCAAAUGGCCUAGAGGCAAAGUGAUGGGUGGAAGCAGUGUUUUGAAUCAUAUGAUCGCCACCAGAGGCAACGCUUGGGACUACGACAGAUGGGCUGAGCUGGGGAACGAGGGAUGGGCGUUCAAGGACGUGUUGAAGUACUUCAAGAAAUCUGAGAACGUACAGAUUCCAGAAGCGAGAAAGGACAGAACGUACCGAGGAACCAACGGACCAGUGUCCUUGGAUCACGCGCCUUUCCGGACGCCUCUGCUGAACGCGUUCCUAGAAGGUGGCCAGGAGCUAGGCUACAACCUAGUGGACUACAACGGCAAGGAGCAGAUGGGUUUCUCUCAAAUACAAGGAUCCCUCUAUCGAGGCUACCGUAUGAGCAGCAACAGAGCCUAUCUGCACAAUAGACGUAUAAGGAACCUCCACGUGUCCAAGAAAAGUAUGGUGCACAAGGUCCUGAUAGACAAAGCCAGGAAACAAGCGACAGGGGUAGAAUUCGUGAAGCAUGGUCAGCGCAUCAGAGUGUACGCGAACAAGGAAGUGAUUCUGUCUGCCGGGGCUAUAGGUUCCCCUCAGUUGCUGAUGUUAUCUGGAAUAGGGCCCGCUGAACAUCUGAAGAAAAUGGGUAUCGACGUGAUCAAAGACGCGCGCGUCGGUGAUAACCUGAUGGACCACAUAGCCUACGGUGGACUGACGUUCACGGUCAACCAGCCGGUGAGCAUAGCCGUGUUCGAAGUGUUGGACAUCUCGCAGCCGUACAUGAGGGACUUCUUUCUGGAGGGGAGAGGACCUCUGACUAUCAGCGGCGGCUGCGAGGGAAUCGCCUUUUUGGACGUGGACAAUCCGGACAAGAAACACGGUCUCCCGAAUAUGGAGCUGAUAUCCUUGGCAAGCUCGAUCUACGCGAUACAAGCCUCGCUAGAGAACUUCGGGCUGAACCAGGAGAUCAGGGACAAAUUCAAGUGGCUCCAAGGUACCUACUCGUGGGGAGUGUUCCCGAUGAUAUUGAGGCCGAAGAGCCACGGUUGGCUGAGGCUCAAGUCCAAGGACCCGAACGUGAAGCCGCAGAUAACCGCGAAUUACAUGAGCCACCCGGAUGACGUUCGAGUACUGGUGAAAGGGAUCAGGGCGGCGAUCAAGGUGUCCGAGACGAAGGCUAUGAGGAACUUGGGCGUGAAGCUCUUGAACAGGACAGUGUCUCGCUGUGAAAAGUACCCGUUCGACUCGGACGAUUACUGGGAGUGCAAUCUGAGGAGCGUGACGCUGACCAUUUAUCACUACAGCGGCACCUGUAAGAUGGGACCUCUGACGGAUAAAACGGCUGUGGUGGAUCCUACUUUGAAGGUGAUCGGAAUUAAAGGACUGAGAGUUGGUGACGCCUCCAUAAUGCCGGAAAUUCCAACUGGCCACACAAAUAUUCCCGCAUUCAUGAUUGCAGAGAAACUGGCCGAUAUGAUCAAACAAGAAUGGGGAUACCCGACUGACAAAAUAUUCUAA